AUGGAGACUGGAGGGCCGUUUGAAAUGGAGGUUGUAGGUCUCAUGGGAUAUGUAAAAUGGAGAGCAAAAGCGGCGCAGACAACAACCAAAACUUGCGAUGUAGGGACCAAGAAGGCCAAUCACAAAAUAAACAAGGGAUAUCAGGGGACAUCAGAUGAGUUGUGA